UGAAUGUGUCAAAUUACAAUAUUUCAGAAGCGCCGGCGAAUAGUUGAAAUGUAUCAAAUUUUAAAAUAAAUAUUCAUAAUUCAUUUCAUUGAUGUGUUAGCAAUGACAUGGGUUUGUGUCGACGCCGUAUUGUACGAUUUAUCUUUGGAAUUGGCGUGUUCUUUGUCGUUGUGCAGAUCCUAACAACGUUACACUUUUCGUCGACACAUAACAGCGAUCCGGGCGAUUUUUCACGCCAGAAGACGAGGCGAGAUGACGCUCGUACACAUCAACAUAGCCUUCUGUCAAACGAGCCGACUUCGGCUAAAACUACAGCCGUUUUCGAUCUCCGGAAAAGCAAGGCAACAGACUUUGUCCUUUACGUUUUGAGUAAAUACAAAGACUUUGACUGUUCGUUGAGACACAAAGAUGUCAAGUCAGCGUUAUCAAGAGCUAAAACUCCUGAAUGCCGGAAAAUCAUUCAGAAGACAGGAUGCUUACUAGAAAACCAUAAAUUAUAUUUUGACUAUAUAGAGAAAAGUUGUAAAAUUCCCAUCCGGGAUACUUCAUAUCCGCGAGGUGUCACAGAUAACGAGCCAUCAGGUGCUCCUGUUAGGGUAGUAUUUAUGUUGACGGUUCAUGGUAGAGCUUUACGACAAGUAAAAAGACUGUUGAAAUCGAUAUAUCAUGUGGACCACUAUUAUUACUUUCAUGUUGACUUGAGGUCAGAUUAUUUAUUCCGUGAAUUACAAGAAAUAGCAUCGAACUUUCCAAAUAUAGAUGUUGCUCCAUGGAGAAUGGCUACCAUAUGGGGAGGAAGUAGCUUAUUACAGAUGUUGUUGAGAGCUUUAGAUGAUUUGAUUAAGAGAGAUGAUUGGAAAUGGGAUUUCUUUAUCAACCUGAGUGCUUCUGAUUAUCCCAUAAAAUCAAACGAGCAUCUAACAAGAUUUCUUACCGCACAUAGAAAUGAUAAUUUUUUAAAAUCUCAUGGCAGAGAGCCAGAUAGGUUUAUACACAAGCAGGGUCUUGACAGGACGUUUGUGGAAUGUGAUGAACAUAUGUGGAGAAUAGGGGAUCGUGCCUUGCCCAGGAACAUUCAGGUUGAUGGAGGAAGCGAUUGGAUUGGUCUGAAUAGAAAAUUUGCUGAAUAUAUUAUAAAGUCAGACGACAGCCUAGUCCAAGGAUUGAAGAGAAUAUACGCGUUUGCGCUACUGCCAGCCGAGUCAUUUUUCCAUACUGUGCUACGGAAUGGUCCGCAGUGCGAGACAUUCGUGAAAACAAACUUACGUGUGACUAACUGGAAGCGCAAGUUAGGAUGUCGUUGCCAAUACAAGCACGUUGUUGACUGGUGUGGCUGUUCUCCCAAUGACUUUAAACCAGAGGACUUGCCAAGACUGCAGAAAUCCAAGUAUGACCUGUUCGCGCGCAAGUUCGAGGCGAUAGUCAACCAAAAAGUUAUUAAUCUUUUGGACGAAUACUUAUUCGGUAACUUUACCCCGGGUAUGCCGGCACUUAAUACCUACUGGGAGAACUUCUACCAUCACGAGGACGAUGAACGUCGACUUAGCGAUAGACUGAGGACGUACUUUGCGUCAUUUAGUCGCUUAGCAACGAAGCACGUCAGCUCCACGUACUGUAAGAAUCUUCCAGUCGGUCCAUUUAAGGAGGUGACAUAUUUGAAUGUAAACGACGAGUUUAGUGGAAUGUUAAUGUUGCAAGAUAUCGCUUUGAAAGGAGGGAAAAAUAUUGAAAUAGAAACGUGGUUGUCCAGAAUUGACCAGGAACAGAUGAUGAAUUUGAACAUGAGCGAUGGUCCUAACAGAUUAACUGGGCUACAGGUUGGAACAGGCUGGGAUGAGAAAGAACGCAUGUUCAGAAACUAUGGUCGGUUAAUGGGACCAUGGGAUGAUCCAGUCCUGGUGCAUUACUGGAAGAAAGGCGCGCCUUUCAAUGUCAAACUUAUGUGGAUUGAUCCUAUCAGUGUUGUCACCGGAGUUUACGAGAUGCAAGUGAAAGAAGACUGGAUCGUAUCCUUCCAUAAACCAACAUACAACAAACCACUUCGCCCUGGUACCUGGACUGUGAAAAUGGUUUAUCGUGGGGAAGGGGGAGUAGAUCUCGUUAUAGGCCAAACUAGUUUUCUAAUUAUACCAUUAGCCUACAAAGACGGCGUGCCUGUCGGGCCUGAUCAGGCAAUUGCUUCGAACGGCGGCCCGCCUGCAGGCAGGUACACUGCUCAGUAUACGAUAGAGUUUGACAGAGAAUCUACGAACAUUGACUCGCUUGCCAACGGCGCGACAAUGAAUGCAAAGAAAACUGGGAAAGAGUUAUACGAAUGGAUAGAUAUUCUCGUCAAGGAGAAUUGGGCUAUGGAGGACGCAUGCGCGGUUGGUAGUGAGGCUCAGGAAUGCGACGGGAUGGCGCAGUGCGAGAUGACGUCAUGGAGCUCCAGGUCACCUGAUCCGAAGUCCGAAAUUAACAAUAUUAGCGUGAAUGGUACACUAAGGUGAUGGUUUGCGCAUGACAGGAAAAUGGUCGUUAAAUAUGGCGACAAUCGCCUACCACUUGGGGUCACAUGGGUGCAUAGGAGGUAAUGGUGAUAAUUGUGGUCACACUUGGAUAUACCGGGUUACAGCUGUGUGCACAGAGAGAUACUGCCUUGGUUCCCUUAUAGUAUUUAAAUUGGGUAAAAUGCGUUGGAAUUGGUUUCUGCGAAAGGUUUCCGAACAUAUGCACAUCACAUAGCCCGAAUUUUGACCGAAAUUUGAGUAAUAUAUUUUCAAUUUUUCAAUAAAACUAUAUCGUUCAUAUAA